AUGCGAAAACGCCUGGCAGGAGAGUUGCCAUCGGAGCCAGCCCCCUCCGCCACCAGCGGCAGCCACCAGCAUUCGCAGCCCUGCGGCAGCACUGGCGGGGGUACCAGCAGCGGCAGCACCUUGAGCGGCGACGCGUCGCCAUGCAAGCGGCAUCGGUCGCCCAGCACACGCAGCUGCCGCAUCCCGGGCUGCAGCUCCAAGCUGGAUCCCGGCUACUGCACGAAGUACAGGAUUUGCAUGCGGUGCAAGGAGACGCCUGUUCUGGAGCUGGAGGGCGGGCCGCACCGCUGGUGCCAGCAGUGCUCGAAGCUGCACGGGCUCGAGGCGUUUGAUGAGGGGCGGCGGUGCUGCCGCGCCAGCCUGCACCGCCACAAGAGCCAGCGCGGACUCAGCAAGGACAAGACGCAGCCGGCGCUGGAGCAGCAGCCACGCCAGCCACCGCAGCGCAGCAGACGCAGCGAGGCGGGGGCGCAGGAGCCGGCGGCAGCGCACCACAGCCUGGGCCAGCAGCAGCAGCAGCAGCAGGCAGUGCAGCAGCAGGCGUUCCAGCAGGCGCCGUGCCUGCUGCCGCAUGCGUCGGGCCUUCCAUCCCAGCCCGCCUGCGAGGUGCCCUCCCUGCGCCUGCCCCUGCCGCCGCCGCGGUUCCCAGCCCACCCUGAGGCUGAGCUUGCAGGGCCGGACCCUGGGUCGCAGCCAGCAGAGCAGCAGCAGUGGGCGGUGCUGCACAACAGCAUGAUGAUGUGGAUGCAGCCGCGCCCGGAGAUGGUACGGCUGGCGCUGACUCAGCUACAGGUCGAUCCGCCUGAGGCACUGUGGGUGCCAACUGAAGAAGAGCUGCCGCAGCUGACCCUGGCUGGCAGCGUGCCGCUGUACCUGGCACCCAGCAUGGCGCAGCCGGCUGGCGGGUGGCAGUGGGGCGGCGGGUGGCAGUGGGGCGGCGACAGCGCCAGCAGGCGGCCCUCCGCCGCCAGCUCUGCCUUCCUGCAUCCUCUGCUGGGGUUUGCACAGGCAGGCUGGGCCCCGCCUGGAGCGCAGAGCUGGCCCGGCCCCGCGCUUUCGGCACCUCAGCCUGCAGCCACCGCCAUGCUGUCAACCGCCGCUGCCACGCCAGCUGCCACAGCGCCAGCGGCGCUUCGCUGUGACGCCUUCCAGGGCCCAGCCAGCGCUGUCGCUGCCAGCACAUCCCCGGCAGCGGCAGAGCAGUGCCCUCCAGGCAGGCCUGCCAGCUCUGGCGGCAGCAUCGAUAUCGCAGCCACCACCUACGCGCUGCCGCCGCUGCAAGACGACUGGACAGCCAUGUUCCUGUCAUGA